AUGGCGGAACCUGGGAUCAACCUAGUGCACCGCGGUAAACAUUCAUGUCUUGCUAAAUGGACAGUCCCUUACAACCCAGAACUUCAGCCCAAUAAAAUGAUUUGCAGUCCUUGGUUUGAAGUGGGUGACUUUGAAUUCCGCUCCGUGAUAGUCCCAGGAAGCGAUGCCCUUGCCCUUGCCCUUGCCCUUGGCCCUGACGCUUUCCUUUCUCUCCAAGUUAAAAUCAACUCUCCACGUUACUCUUUCAGAUUCGGUCCCUUGGCGUCUUAUAAACUAAGCAUUUUUAACCAUGAAGAUGAGUCGAAGUCUUUGACCAAAGCGUUUAAGCUUACAUUUUUUACCAGGAAUACAAAUAUUCCUACUGGCGGUAGCUUACAACUUGCUAGUUCUGUUUUUGGUCCAAGAUCAGGGUUUUCCAAGAACGGUUCUUUGCAUUGUUCUAUUGAAAUUUCCAUUUUGGAUGAAUCAUUUUCAUUUUCAAGGGACGGUAACAAUGACACUGAGAUGGUCGACUAUUCAGCGCAUUCUUUAGGUUGUGACACUAUUGUUUUGGGCGGGAAAUUUAAAUGGAAGAUUAAAACUUUUAGUUUCUUUAAGGAAAUGAUCGAGAGCCGCCAGCAGAUGAGUAGCGCUGUUUUUCUUCUUGGGCGAGGUUUUGCUCAUAUUAGUGCCUCUACAACCAAGGUUAAUGGAGUUGAGUGUCUGUCUUUGUUUUUGGAAGCUCAUCAGAUGCACACAUGUCCUAAAUGCAUGGGUCAUAAUAAGCCUUCUUGGUGCUUGUUUCGUAUAUCUGUUUUGAGUCAAAAGGCAUGGCGGAGUCAUAUGCAUAAGGACUCGUAUGGGAGAUUAAAUAAAACAACUCCAGCUCUAGGUUGGACUGAUUAUAUGAAGAUAUCCGAUUUGAUUGGACCCAAUAAUGGAUUUGUUAUGAACAGUACGGUGGAGUUCACGGUAUCUUUCAAAGCAAUCAAAGAUUCUGCUGCUGUCCUUACAUCUGGUUUUAAAGAAUUUGGUGCCUUAAACAAAAGUGGCAGUUGUACCUGGAAGAUUGAAAAUUUUACAAGGUUGAAGGAUAUUCUGAAGAAUGAAAAGAUGAUAGGAGUGUCUGUUGAGAGCAGUAAGUUUCAGAUUGAGGAUCACGAAUUUCGCUUGAUUGUUUUUCCCAGAGGGCGAUAUCAAAAAUCGAUCUACCUUUCGAUGAUUAUUGAAGCUUCGGGUCCUCAAGAUGCCACCCAGGAUUGGAGUUGUUUUGCCCGUUGUCGGCUAUCCGUUGUGAAUAAGAAGAAUAAAGACAAUUCUAUUUUUAAGGAAACACAGGGGCGUUUCUCUGAAGCUACAAAAAGGUGGUGGUGUCCUGAAUUUUUGACUCUUGCAACUCUCUUUAAUAAGGGUUCAGGGUAUUUGGUUGAGGAUACUGUUAUGUUUAAUGCAGAUAUUCUUAUAUUGAAGGAGAGUUUAGAAAUUCAGGAUGUCCUAGAGUCGAGCAAUAAAGAUGGAGAAAAGGGAAGGUGCACAAUCACUUGGGAAAUGAAAAAUUUCGUAGCCUUCCAGCGAACAUCAUCGAUGAUCAACGAUAUAUGCAGCAAAUAUUUCCAGGUUGAUAAACUAAAGCUCCGAAUCGGGGUAUGUGUAUUAUCUGACAACCUAUGUGCAUACCUGGAGUGUGAUCCAUCAAAUUUGGUUGAGGAUCUUUAUGUUAGAUACGAGAUGACUGUGGUUAAUAAAAAGCACCCUGCCAAAAGUAUCUCCAAGGGGUCCUGUCUACGUACAGACACUAGUGAUAGUCAUGGGCGACUGCUGUUCAUGGAACUAUCUGAUAUGCUGAAAGCCAGUGCUGGGUUUGUUACCGGUGAGAUGGCUACUUUUGUUUGCGAGAUCCUUGAUUACUGGCCGUUGUUGGAUCUUUCAAAAGUUCCAAGUGAUGUUAAAUCACAUGAGCUUCAAGAAAAUGGAGAUAAUGAGGACAACACCGGGAAGCUUCUUGCAAUGGAAGGAGAUCACUUUAUUAUUCUGAAAAAAGAAUUUAGAAACGAUCUUUUCAUAAUGGCUGGAAUUUUGAUUGGAAUGCGGCUUUACCACAACACUGUAAAACCAAAUAACAUUUUUCGCAGAAUAUUUGGAUGCAUUGAUACAGGGCAGAUAGAUGUUAGUCCAGAUAAAUUCAUGUCCAAUUUAGUUGCUUCAACCACCGGUGUCGAGUCCCUACAUCAGCAAAUUGAGAAUGCACUUUUAAAUGUGAUGGUUGACUGUUGCCAGCGAUUACAAGGAACAUCCGGUGAGGAUGCACCUGAUACAAAUGCGGAAUCAUGUCAAGAUAUCAAUGAAGUUAGCUCUCAAACUAAAUUAAAUAGGCAAAGUAGUUUAGCAAAUAUUGUUCGAUCAUUAAUACGUGAGACAUUCUUUGGUACUGGAAAGUGUAUGGACAAUUGUAGUAAUACUUUGGGGGAAGCUAUUCUUGGACAGCAUGAUUCUACUUCUGAGUCAUCUGAGGAGACCUUAAGGCUUAUUGUAAAGUCAUUGAAGGCUCUAAAUGAUGAAGUUACACAAGUUACCUUAGAGCAAAGCCAAGAGUGUCACUUUGUGCAGAAGGUUUUAGCAGUACUACGGGAAGCUCCCAAGCAUCUGCUACCAGAUCUCGUUUCUUUAUUGCCAAAGUUAGCAUGUCAGUUUGAUCAUAAUGUUGUUGGUUCUGCUAUUUUAUGUCAGCUAAAAGAGACAGAUGCAGACUCUUCAAUGCGACUACCUGUUCUUGAGGCCACGUGUCAAUUGAAGUUGGCUAUUGAUGUUUGGAAAAGUGUAUUUCUUCAAGCCUCUAAUGUUGUGGAUGAUUUAAACGGUGAAGCACUUGGAGCUGCAAUCGCCUUAUUAUUUAAAGCUGCAUCUCAGUGUCAGGAUAUCCCUCUAGCAGUAAGUAUUGUCCGUCAAAAGUUACAGCGUUUAGGAGCUGAUGUUUCACCUUGUGUGCUGGAUCGUCUUGCAAAAACUUUGAAUAGUUCUGAUGACCUUGCAGUAACCAUGUUACAAAAAAUUGAUUCCAUCUUUUCAGUCGACCAAGAACGCCUUUCAUCUGGUGAACAUGGGCUGGCAACCGAGAGUUUGCAUGCAGGAGGUCACCAUUUUUCUGAUAUCUUUAUGUUGUUAAAGAUGCUGGCCAUACCCUCUAUUACUAAUCAAACUACGCGGGCUUUUGAGAAAGGUAUUGCAAAUGGAUUCACCACACAUCAUUUGGCGGGGAUAGAAAAAUGGGGUUCUUCAUAUACUGAAAGAGCUUUUAUUUUGGUUUUUGGUAUUGCUGAUAAGUUGCUCCAAUCUAGACGUCCUCCAGUGCUUGAGUUUCUGAGAAAGUUUUAUUCAAUGUUGUUUAAACUGUUUAAUGAUGAGAAUUAUCAGAAGAAGAUGCUGAGAAAAUUGGUUUACCAUGCAAUGAGUGCUGCUAAUAAUUGCUCCGAAACUAGUCUGGAUAUGUUGGUUUUCUUGGUUCACAAGGAAUGUAAAGUUGCUGAACUAGUUUUAAGCAUGGCCAGACAUGAUUUUCAACUAGCUAAUUUUGAUCUCUCUACCCUUCAGAACAAGUUAGAUACUAGAAAUGAUGAAUAUAGGCGUGUUGAGGAAGACCUCAAGACUAACCUUGAAAGAAGGAAGAUAGAGGAAUCAAUUUUGUUACAAUGUCUUCGUGAGGCUGAAGUUACUUCUUUUCACCAUAUGACUCAAAUGAGCCUUGAAAUGGAUAGAUCUACUCUGAAAAACAAGGAACUUUCUGAAAAGCUUCAAGUAAUUCAAGAUACUUUGUCUAAACAGAAAGAUAAAUUAGUGAAGCUCUCCAAUGAGAAAAAGGUUUUUUGA